AUGUUCUUACUAAAUUUUGAGGAUAGUUCUGCUGCUAAUUGUAUAUAAACUUAUUAUAAUAAAGGUGAUUAUAGUUGUUUGACUUGUGAUUCAACAGAUGCAACAAUUUGUACAGCUUGUGAUACAAGUACAAGAAAAUUGUUAAAUGGAAAAUGUAUUUGUAAGGAUGGGUUUGUGGAAAUAACAUCUUUUAAGUCUAAUUAAUGUUUAUGUAUAGAAUAUAGAUUAAAAGAUUAGAAUGUUCUGAAAAUUGUAUGACUUGCGAUAUUUCCAAAAGAGAUUUUUGUUUAAGUUGUGGAGAUGAAUCUAUCACAUUUAGAUAACUAUUAAAUAAUGAUUGUGUUUGUAUAUAAGGAUAUUAAGCUGUACCAUAUUAAUAUGCAUGUGAAGUCAAUACUUGGGAUUAGAGAUUGUUUACAUUCAAAUAUAAGACUGAUACUUCUCGUAAUUAUUGGAGUGUAGUAUCCAAACUUUUUGAAAGUAGUAAUACUAUAAGUGAAUUAACUAAUUUGAUCAAGAUUUCCUAUUUAUAAGAUACUUCAGAGAGUUCAGUCUAAAAAUAUUAUUUUGAUUUAGAAACUAAUUAGAAGAAGUUUUUCUUAAUUUAGAAUACAAUUCCUGUUGGUUAGUAUUAUCAAUAAUUUGAUUAAAAUAUUUUUGCAGUUGGAUAUAUUUAACCAAAAGAGACACCAAGUGUACUUUGGAAAUUUGGUUAGGUUGCUAAUAUUGCAUCUACUUCAUAUUAUUAUGCAAGUCGUGUAUUGGAAAAGUAGUGGAAUGCAGGAAUGUUUCAAUAUUAAAAAGAUUAAGGAGUUUAUAUAUAAGUAAUGUUGACUUAAGAAGAAGUUACAGGAUCAAAUAGAAGAUUUCUAUCUGAAGUUGAAGACUAUUCAAUUUAUAAGAUAAUGUAUUUUUUUUAUAUUGGAUAUGCAAAAACUUCUUUUUUAAGUGAUACAGAAUGUGAAACUUUGAUGGAUGGUUUGAUGAAUUUAAUUAAUGGAUGUUAAAAAUACUGUGAUGAUUGCUAUUUUUAUAAAAAUUAUGAAUAAUGCAGAAGCUGUAAAUUAAAUAGAGUAAAUAAUAAUGGUGAUUGUUUAUGCUAAUAUGAAACAUCAGAUUAAUCUCAAUGUUAUCAACCAUGUAAAAGUUAAAAUUGUAUAACAUGUGCAGAUGGUUUAUGUAUAACUUGUCCUGAUGGAUCAAUUCCUCCUUGUAAUAAUCCCCAUAUAGUUUGUGAUCAAGGUUAUUAUGAAGAAAACUCUUAAUGUUUUAAAUGUACAAGUCCAUGUGUUACUUGUUCAUCUGAAAUUAUAUGUACUAAAUGUUUAGAUACUUAUUUUAUAAAUGAUUAAAAUUAAUGCUAAUAAUGUACUUCACCUUGUCUAAAUUGUACAAAAGAUGGAUGUACAUCUUGUAUCGAUAAGUAUUACUUAGAUGAAAAAGUAUGUAUCUCUUGCAGUUAAAUUGAAGAUUGUAUAGAUUGUAAAAUAAAAGAUAAAUGUAUUACUUGUAUUACAGGAAAAUAUGGUAAUGAUGCUGGGGUAUGUGUAAAUUGCCCAUAAAUUUGUACUUCUUGUAGAAAAAUAAAUGAUUGUUAAUCAUGUAUUGAAGGGUAUUACAAUACUAUUGGAUAUUGUAAUAAAUGUGAUAGAGUUUGUUCAAGAUGCUUAAAUAGCUCUUAAUGUUCUAAAUGCAUAUCUGGAUAUUAUUUAAGUUAAUAUAACUGUCUCAAAUGUCAAGAUUAAUGUACAACUUGUUUUGAAAAAUCUGAUAAUUGCUCAACAUGUAUUUCUUAAUAUACUUUGGUAAAUAAUAAAUGUAUCUAAUGCGAAAGUCCAUGUACAUAAUGUUAGAAUUCUAGCACCGAAUGUUUAUCUUGUGUGGAUAAUUAUUAUUUAACUGUGGAUAAUAAAUGUUAAUCAUGCUCAUAAGGUUGUUCAAAAUGUUAAUACUCAGAUGAUAAUUGUACAGUAUGUAAAAUAGGAUAUUAUUUAAAAAGUACUUAAUGUAUUAAAUGCAAUUCUGAUUGUUAAUAAUGUUAAGAUGCUUAUACUUGUAAUUAAUGUGUAAAUGGAUACUAUCUAAAUGCAGAUAAACAUUGUAUAUCUUGUCCUGUAUAAUGUUAAAAUGAUUGUAAACUUGAAUUGAAUUAAGUCGUUUGCAACAAUUGUUCUACUACUUAUUUCUUAACUUCAAGUGCUUGUUAAUAAUGUUAAUCACCUUGCUUUACUUGUUAAUAAUUAAAUAAUCGUUGUUUAAAUUGUAUUUCAGGGUAUUAUUUAUCUAAUUAUAAUUGCAAUUAAUGUACUAUAACAUAAUGUAAAGAAUGUAAUGAAACUUAAUGUUUAGUUUGUAAAGCUGGAUAUUUAUUGAAUGAAAAUAAUUUAUGUUAAUAAUAAACAUAUACAUGUGAUGAUGGCUUUGUUAAGGUUAAAAUAACAGAUGAAUGUUUGCCUUGUCAUAAUACUUGUUUAACUUGUUAUGGUAAAGAAUUUAAUUAAUGCUUAACAUGUGAUGAUGGAUAUUAUUUAGAUUCUUAGAAUAAAUGUUUAUAAUGCAAAUAUCCUUGUAAUAAAUGUUAAGACAAUUAAAAUAUAUGUCUUUCAUGUUAAGAUGGUUAUUUUUAUGCAAAUAAUUAAUGCACUCUUUGUACAAAUACUCUAUGCAAAGCUUGUUCAAAUAAUAUAAAUGAUUGUUCUGCGUGUUUCUAUGGAUAUUAUUUAGAUGGAAAUUCUUGUACAUAAUGUACAAAUAAUUGUACAUUAUGUGAUUCAUCAACAAAUUGUUCUUAAUGUUUAACUGGAUAUUAUGUAAAUAAUUAAAAUUUAUGUAUAAAUUGUGAUGAUUAAAAUUGUGGUUAUUGUUCUGAUGCUCAAACUUGUGUUGUUUGUUUAGAUAAUUAUUUAUUAGAUUCAGAUAAAAAAUGUUAUUUAUAAAAUUGUCCCAUAUCUAAUUGUUUAAAAUGUUAUAAUAGUGAUGUGUGCAAUGUAUGUUUACCUGGUAUGUUUGCUGAUUCUGAUGGAAUUUGUUAAUAUUGUAAAAUUAAUUGUAAAACUUGUGUAAGUACUGAUACAUAAUGUACAUCAUGCAAUCCUAAACACUUUUUAGAUAGUAACAAAAUUUGUUAAUAAUGUAAUAUUGGUUGUACAGCAUGUAGUACUUCAAGUAAUACAUGUUAAUCUUGUGAAUAAAGUUAUUUUUUUAUAGAAAAUCAAUAGAGAUGUGAAAAAUGUAGUAUUUAUUGUAGGACUUGUGUUGAAAAUAAAGAUAAAUGUACUAGUUGUGAAAUAUAUCAAUACUUACGAUCAAAUUCAUCAUGUGAGUAAUGUACAUCUCCUUGUUAUAGUUGUAAUUCAGGAAGUGAAACAGAUUGCAAAAGUUGUUUAACAGGUUAUUAUUUAUCUAAUAAAUAAUGUUUACCUUGUUCAAAUAAUUGUUUAAUUUGCACUUUCAAUAAUGUAUGCACAAAAUGUGCUUCUGGAUAUUUUCUUGAUGGAAUUGCAUGUACAAAAUGUCCAAUCAAAUGUAAAGAUUCAUGUACAAAAUUAUCCUCCUUUAUUAAAUGUAAUGAAUGUAAUACUGGAUAUUUUGAAGGUGCAAGUGAUUGUUUAUUAUGUAAAGCUCCUUGUAAAACAUGUUAAUCAACAGAAGAUGCAUGUACUUCAUGUAUUAGUGGAUACUAUCUUGCUGUAAAUAAAGUAUGUCCUAAAUGUAGAACUCCAAAUUGUAGAAAUUGUUAAAUAUCAUCAGGAGAAUGUUUAGCUUGUGAUUAUGGAUACAUUUUAACAGAUCCUGAAAAAUGUACAGAAUGUACAACAUGUACUUGUGGAAAUCAUUAAUAUUAUGAUUGGGAUGAAUUAAAUUCAAAUAAAUGCAAAGAAUGCGAUGUUUCAUGUGUCACUUGCUAUGUAUCACCUAAAAAUUGUACAAGUUGUUUAAGUACAUAAUAUUUGGAUCCUGUUGAUAGCAAAUGUUAUAAUUGUAAUUCAUCAUGUGUAACCUGUAAAAAUUCAACAGAAUGUUCGUCAUGUAAAUCAUUGUAAUACUUAUCAAAUGCUAAAUAAUGCUUAGCAUGUCAGCCACCAUGUUUAUAAUGUACAAGUGCAACAUAAUGUAUAUCUUGUCUUGAUGGAUAUUAUUAAGAUGGUACUAAUUGUUUAUCAUGUAAUUCUAAAUGUUCCAUUUGUGAAUCUGCUAACAAAUGUAUAACAUGCAUUUAAGAUGGUAAAACUUAUUAUAAAAAUGAUUAUACUUGUAAUUCUUGUGAAAUAAAUUGUUAAUAAUGUUAUAAUGGAGGAUGCACAAAAUGUGAUGAAACUUAUUAUUCUUCAGAUUAAAUGUGUUUACCUUGUAAUUCUAAUUGUACAUAAUGUUCAAGUUCUACUUGCUAUUAAUGUAAAAGAGGAUACUAUGUUGAAGGAUAAAAUUGUGUAAAAUGCCAUAAUUUUUGUUAAGAAUGUUCAUCAUAUUAAUGCAACUAAUGUUAAACUGGAUAUUUUAUUGAUGGAUUUAAUUGUACUUAAUGUAUGCAAAAUUGCCAAAAAUGUGAUUCAUUAACAACUUGUUAAACAUGUUCAACUGGCUAUUUCUUUAAUGAAAUCAAUUCAGUUUGUGAAAAAUGUAAUGAAAAUUGUCUAUCUUGCACUUCAGAAAAAUGUACAAUAUGUUAAACUGGAUAUUAUAUUAAUGGUUAACUCUGUGAAAAGUGUUAAACUAAUUGCUUAUCUUGUACAUCAACUAUUUGUAAUUAAUGUAUGAGUCCAUAUUAAAUUUAUUAAAAUAUUUGUAUCUUAUGUUAAACUGGAUGUACAAAGUGUACAAAAGAAGAAUGUUUAUAAUGUGAUAGUAUACAUUAUUUGGAUCCAACGACAAAAUAAUGUGUUAAUUGUAAUUCAAAUUGUUUGAGUUGUACAGCUACACAAUGUUUAUAAUGUAAGAGUGGUUAUUAUGGCAAAGAUUUAAAUUGUGUACAAUGUAAUCCUAAUUGUAUUUCUUGUGAUGUUAAUACUUGUUUCGAAUGCAAUUAAUAAUAUUAUAUAGAUAAAACUAAUUGUGUUAAAUGUUAAGAAAAUUGUACAUCCUGUUCAAAUACUGAAUGUUUUUAAUGUAAAACAGGUUAUUAUUUAUAAUUAUAACAAUGUACAUAAUGUAAUCAAUCUUGUAAGGAAUGUACAAGUGAUACAAUUUGUCAAUAAUGUAAUAAUCAAUAUUAUUUGGACGGAGAUAAAUGUGUAAGUUGUCCUUAAGGUUGUAUUGCUUGUACAAAAGAUGAAUGCACAUCUUGUGCUUAAGGUUAUACAUUAUAGAAUAAAUAAUGCAUUGCAUGUAUGUCUAAUUGUUUAGUUUGCAAUACUUCUGCAUGUACAUAAUGCGAGAUAGGAUAUUGCAUAUAAAAUUCUAUAUGUUAAUAAUGUCCAUCUGAUUGUUCAUAAUGCUAGAGUGCUAAUUCAAUUUAAUGUUCAACUUGUACUAAUCAAGGUGGUGAAGAUGAAAGUGAAGAAGUUUAAUGCAAGGAUGUAGGCCAAUUUAAAUAAGAUUAAAUUUGUGUAGGUAAUAAAAUUUUAAUUAUUUAGAUUGUAUUGAGAACUGUUUAAUUUGUACUUCAGCUGAUACUUGUAUAACUUGCUAAUCUGGAUUCACUUUAUAAUCAGAUCAAACAUGUCUUUUAAUUUCUAAUAGUACUAAUAGCAAUUAACAAAUAACUUCUGUUGCUGUAGGAACUAUUGUAGGAGGAGUUUUUGUUGCUGUGGCAGCUAUUUUAUUAAAGAAAUUAGCCUUUGUUAAUGUUGUUCCUAAAUUAUUUAAUAAUAUACCUAUCAAAUUUAAUCCAUAAAAUUGCAACUCUGGCGCCUCUGUUUCAAAUUGGGAAUAGUUACCUAAUUUAUCAGAAUAAGAAUUCGAAGAAGCUUUCUCUAAAGUUUAAUAAAGAGGACGGUGAU